AUGGGAGGCUCACUCUCCAAGGCCAUGGGCAAGAUCUUUGGCAACAGGGAGAUGAGAAUCCUCAUGCUCGGACUCGACGCUGCGGGCAAGACGACCAUUCUCUACAAGCUUAAGCUCAACCAAUCCGUCACUACGAUCCCCACCGUAGGCUUCAACGUCGAAACCGUUCAGUACAAGAAUGUCAAAUUCAAUGUCUGGGAUGUGGGAGGACAAGACAAGAUUCGGCCACUCUGGCGACACUACUACACCGGCACGCAGGGUCUGGUUUUCGUCGUCGACUCGCAGGAUAGGGACAGGAUCGAUGAGGCGAGGCAGGAGUUGCACAAGAUUAUCGGCGACAGGGAGAUGAGAGAGGCUCUGUUGCUCGUCUUUGCUAACAAGCAGGAUUUGCCAGGGGCGAUGUCACCCGCAGAGGUGACAGAGAAGCUGGGCUUGCAUCGUAUGAGGGAUCGCAGUUGGUUUGUUCAUCCUAGCUGUGCGACCAGUGGUGAGGGACUCUUUGAGGGACUGAGCUGGCUAUCGGCGAACGUCAAGAAGCAGCCCAACUGA